UCUCACAGAGGUGAAAUGGAGAAAACGAUAAGUGACACGACUUCAGUCUUGACUGAACUCCGUCAGGAGGGAACACUGUGUGAUGUGGUGAUCAAGGUGGGUGACGUCGAGUUUGAAGCCCACAAGAUCAUCCUCUGUGGCUGCAGUUCGUACUUUCGCACCCUCUUCACCGGUGUCUGGGCGACCCCAAACAAACAGAUGUACACCAUCCCUGGGGUGUCACCCAAGAUGAUGCACCUGAUCAUGAAUUAUGCCUACACCCACACUGUUACCGUGACUGAGGAUAAUGUGGUGGAGCUUUUGGCAGCUGCAGACCAGUUCUUGGUCACAGGGAUCGUUAGGACCUGCUGCACCUUCCUGGAGAACCUGCUGUGCCUGGAGAAUUGCAUCGGCAUCUGGAGGCUGAUGGACUGGUACCACCUCCCUGAGCUGAGGCGCAAGGUCUACCUCUACAUCCUGCACCACUUUGAGGAGAUAGUUUUUGUCUCACAGGAGCUCCUGGAGCUCUCUGUGCAGCAGCUGGCUGCCAUCAUCGAGAACGAUCACCUCAAUGUGAGACAAGAAAACACCGCGUUCGAGGCCGUCCUCCGCUGGAUUAACCACCAGCCAGACCAGAGACGAGGUCACAUCUCUGAGCUGUUGCCCAAAGUACGGCUUGGCUUGAUGGCUGCAAUUUACCUCCAAAAAGGGGUGAUGGAAAAUGCUGUAGUCAAGGAAAGCAUUGAGUGUAUCCCCAUCAUCAAUGAUGCAGUGACGGCAUUGAUAAAUUUAAGGAAUGGACCUUUAAAAUCUGCCUACAGUAACCCACUGAGCCGCCCUCGCCUGCCCUCUAGCAUCUUAUUGGUCACCGGAGGCAUGGAUGACAGUCAUGCUGUGACCAGUGUCGAUGCGUAUGAUGCCCGAGCGGACUGCUGGGUCACUGUGAACACUGGAGAUUUUUGUUGCUCACAUCACGGUACUGCUGUCCUCAACAGCUUUGUGUUCCUAAUCGGUGGCAGCUGCGAUGAAAAUUCCUUUUUGAACAAUGUGCAGAAGUUUGACCCUUUCACCUGCACAUGGCACCAGGUGGCACCCAUGAAUUACUCCCGCUGCUAUGUUAGCGUUGUUGUGCAUGACGGGUGCAUUUACGCCAUUGGAGGCGCCAAUGGACGAUCUUGCUACAGCAGUGUCGAGUGCUACAAGCCUGAGACUGACCGCUGGACCAUGAUGGCACCCAUGCAUUCAAAGAGGUGUGGGGCCGGUGCUACGACUCUAAAUGGCAAGAUCUACAUUUGUGGGGGUUUCAACGGGACUCGUAGCCUCUGCACGGCUGAAUGCUACAACCCAGACAUCAACCAGUGGACCAUGAUCAACCCCAUGAGGAGCCGCCGAAUUGGCUUAGGAGUCGCUGCCUACAAAGGCUUCAUCUAUGCACUUGGUGGCACCACUGGCGGGAACUCCCACCUGUGCACUGUGGAGGUCUACAACCCUCAGACCAACAGGUGGAGCUACGCACCAUCCAUGCGCAACUCCCGCAGCUACUUUGGCAUCGAAGUGUUAAAUGACCAGCUCUUUGUGGUCGGAGGAUACGACGGCUUCACCACUCUGUCGUCUGUGGAGCGCUACGAUGAGGAGGCCGGUAUGUGGUACCGAGCCUCUGACAUCGAGAUGCCCCGCCGGGGCCUGAGCUGCUCUGUGCUGCACGGACUCCACAGCGUAGCAGAGAACUUGUUCCCUCGUUGUUCCCUGACACCCCCCAACGCAGAGGAAGCUGCAGGAGGAUCCAUGUGA